AGCAACAAUCUCAGUUGCACAACAUUUUGUAAUUUAUUCUUUUUCUCUCUCUCUCUCUAACAUGGAUAGUAAUAUUAUCACUAAUAGUAUUACCCUCCUACAAGAAGCCCUCAAACCGUUGCCUAUGGCCAUCUACCUAGUCAUCCCUCUUCUCCUCCUCCUCGGCCUAAUUCUCCGGUCCCGGCAGAGAUUACCCCUCCCGCCGGGCCCAAAAGGCCUCCCGAUCGUCGGAAACAUGGCGAUUAUGCACCAACUGACACACCGCGGCCUCGCCGCCCUCGCCAAGCAAUACGGCGGCAUCUUCCACCUCAAAAUGGGCUACCUCCACAUGGUGGCGAUCUCGUCACCCGACACCGCCCGGCAAGUCCUCCAAAUCCAAGACAACAUCUUCUCGAACCGCCCCGCCACCAUCGCCAUCAGCUACCUUACCUACGACCGGGCCGACAUGGCCUUCGCCCACUACGGCCCGUUCUGGCGGCAGAUGCGCAAGCUCUGCGUCAUGAAACUCUUCAGCCGCAAACGGGCCGAGUCCUGGGAAUCCGUCCGUGACGAGGUCGACAAGACCGUCCGCGUCGUCGCGAACAACACCGGCACUGCCGUCAACGUCGGGGAGCUUGUCUUCAAGCUCACCAUGGACAUAACCUACAGAGCCGCUUUUGGCGCGGCAGCCAAGGAGGGACAAGACGAAUUCAUAAGAAUAUUGCAAGAGUUCUCCAAACUCUUUGGAGCUUUCAAUAUCGCCGACUUUAUUCCUUGGCUCACGUGGGUCGAUCCUCAAGGGCUCAAUACCAGGCUUGAGAAAGCUCGUAAAGCGCUUGAUGGGUUUAUCGAUAAGAUCAUUGACGAACACAUGCAGAAGAAGGAGAAGAUGAACGGCGUUGGGAAUGAUGAGAUUGAGACGGACAUGGUUGAUGAUCUUCUUGCGUUUUACGCAAGUGAAGAAGCAAAGGUGAAUGAGACUGAGGAUCUGCAGAACGCCAUCAGACUCACGAGAGAUAAUAUCAAGGCAAUAAUCAUGGACGUGAUGUUCGGCGGGACGGAGACUGUGGCAUCAGCGAUAGAAUGGGCCCUUACGGAGCUGAUGAAGAACCCAGAAGAUUUGAAGAAGGUCCAACAAGAGCUAGCCGACGUGGUGGGCCUAGACCGGAGGCUCGAAGAGUCGGACUUCGAGAAGUUGACCUACCUCAAGUGCGCCCUCAAGGAGACCCUCCGGCUCCACCCACCGAUCCCCCUCCUCCUCCACGAGACCGCCGAGGAUGCCGCCGUAGCCGGCUACCACAUCCCCAAGGGCUCACGUGUGAUGAUCAAUUCAUGGGCCAUAGGAAGGGACAAGAACUCGUGGGCCGACCCGGAUAGUUUUAAGCCCGCUAGGUUCCUGAAGGAUGGAGUGCCCGAUUUCAAAGGUAGUAACUUUGAGUUCAUUCCAUUCGGGUCGGGUCGCAGGUCCUGCCCCGGGAUGCAACUCGGGUUAUACGCGCUUGAGUUGGCGGUGAGCCACCUUCUCCAUUGCUUCACGUGGGAGUUGCCCGACGGGAUGAAGCCGAGCGAGCUCGACAUGAACGACGUGUUUGGGCUCACCGCGCCAAGGGCGACUCGGCUUUUCGCAAUCCCAACUAAACGUGUCGUUUGCAACAUAUGAUUAAAAAAAGAAAAAAAAGAAAUGAAAAGAGAAAAAGUUUGGAGCUCAUUUGUGGCGAAUGAAAAACGGCCGCAGGUGAAAUUGAUUUGCUUCAAUGCAUUGCAUUUGGUUGAUUUCUUUUUCUUUUUAAUUUCGUUUGAUUAUAUCAAAGAUGUGGAAGGAAAAAAAAAAAGAUUAGGUGGAGAAGAGAAAAUAACUGAAAAAAGAGAGAAAAAAGAAAAAGAAAAAAAGUGAGACGAAGUUGAAUUUUCCUUCUUUCGUGUAUAAGAUCUCUUUCAUUUGUCCUAUGUGUAAAUUUGUAUUGUAAUUUUUUUUUUUUUUUGCUUAAUACCCCUCGAAUAAAGUUGAUAAAUUGAUUAUAUACGAAAA